GUAUUUUUUUCGAAUUUUUGAUUUAUUUCUUAAUCAAAAAUUAUUAUUUUUCUUUGUUUGAUUAGGGAACUGUUCAAUUUGGGAUCUGUCCGAUCCUUCCCACUUGUCUGCUGCCUACCUAUUCCUCCCCCUCUCCCGGGCACGACAGUGCAUGCCACCGCUCACUCGAUCACAGACCAAGGCCAUGGACCGGAAGACGGGAGAAUCCCUCAUGGCCUAUGAGGAACGCCUGGCUGCUUUCAUCCAGGAGGCCAAUGAUAGGGCCGCCGCCGCGGCCAAGGAAUGCAGUCAGAUUGAGCAAGAAGAGGAGGCCAAGCGACAGAAGGAGGAACAGGACCGACUUCGUCAAGAGGAAGCAGACCUGCAGGCAACAGCCGAACACCGGUCACGCCAGCGGGAACGACUGUUCACGCGGGAGACCGUGAUUGGCGAUGAGGCCGCACAUUGGGUGGAAGUGGCAUCUGUCGACGGGGCCCCGGAAACUGAGAAAGGGCUGUCAGCCCUUGCGCAGGUCUCCCACGACCUCGUGGCCACCUGCGCUCUGCAGCAGGAGGAAAUCCUUCACCUGCAGCAGACAAUGGACCAGAUGCUCGCACGGCUGCAGGCGUUGGAGAAACAGCCAGUUGCUGUAGCAGCCGCAGGGCCUUCAAACCUUGCCACCCAUGUUCAAGUUUUGGAGGACGACGUCAGCAAUAUCAAGCGUGUGCAUCAGGACUUCAGGAUGUCGCAGCAAGCAACGAACUUGCAGUUGGAGACGCAGGUCCAGGCUGCUGCCACCGUGACGCCCGCCGCCGCAUCCUCCCGGCGCCCACCCAAACUGGAUGACAUUCCAGUUUUUUGUGAUCAGUCCAAGACGGAACCGAUCCCGUGGUGGCGCCAGUUUACUCUCAGGCUCGACAUGCACCAUGUCCCGAACAACGACCGACAUCCGUGCUUGUACCACCGAUCUGGUGGUGCGUGUCAAGCAUGGCUGGACAACAUCUUGACCAGCCACGGCGUAGCAGUGUCGGAACUGCACACCAAGCUCACUUGGCAGGAGUUGACUGAAGCCUCGCACAAGCGAUUCCAAGUGGAGCCGCCCGACCUGCAAGCGAUGGACAAGCUCAACAAGCUCCAUCAGAACACGCUGCUCAGUCGGGACUGGGUUACCGAGUUCCAAAGACUCGCCUCCACACCUUACCUGCCGCUCGCCUUCCGCGCCAUCAAGCACUUGUUUAUGAUGCGCUCGUGUCCAGCUCUGCAAAACGCGAUGACGCAGAUUCCAAAGACACUCGACACAUCUGACAAGCUUUUCAGCACAGCGUCACGGAUCAUUCUCACGAAUAUCGAAGCCCACAACGCCGACCGAUCUUCCGCGACGACGAGCGGCACCCAGCCCAAGCCAAAGGUGGCUUGCAUUACUUCUACCGAGGCUGCAACACCAAACGAGGGUGAAGUGUUGGCAGCUGCCCGAGAUGGUGGCCAGCCGCGCAACAACUACGGCCGCGACAAGACGAAGACUCAGUCCACCUCUACACCGAGCACCGGAUCAGCCGCCGAUGAACCUUGGGCACAAUACGGACUCUCGGCGAAACCGAAAGUAGGCGCCGCCGAGGGUGACUCGACACCUCCCUCGACACCAUCGGAAGCGGUUGUGCGCACGACCGCCCUUUCUUCCGAGGCAUAUCCGAAUGUCGGGAGUCUUCCACUUUCGUUCGAAGACUUCGCUGCCCUGCUCGUUCCUUCAUUGGAUGCUUCUCAAGGACAAGAUACAUGUGCGGCUUUCUCACCGUCCGAAGGUUCUUCCGCCUGUUCGUCUUCAUCAAGGGGUUCGGCAAGCGUGUUCAACGAGGAGGCUUUGGACCCGCUCACGCCCGAGGACUUCGCUUGGAUUCCUCUCCCUACGAUGGGCAACCUUCCGGGGCUGCAAAGCGCAGCCCUAUGCGCCCUCUUACACGAGUAUCUUUCCUUCCAUGCACCACCAACUUCGCCGACGGUAGACGAAGUCGCGGUGGGGGACAUGCUUGGCUAUGUUGCCAAGGUGGCCCGCGAGUUUGUCUCGCAACGGUACGAGGAAAACAACGCAUCGUUGCUCUACGUUUGCAUUCAGAUUGGGCAAGCGGUCUGCAACGCUUUGCUAGAUUGCGGCGCAACUCGCAACUUCAUCAGCCAGUCCUUCAUGACUCGGGCUGGCCUUGGCGCACAAGUACGGAGGAAGUCACAUCCGACGACGGUCGCUCUUGCCGACGGUAAGACGAAACAACUUUUAGACCGUUACAUCUCGGUUGUCCCGGUGUACUUUGCACCGCACGCAUGUGAACCCGUCACUUUUGACGUGUUGGACACCGACUUCGAUGUCAUUUUGGGGAUGCCUUGGCUUUCUAGCGCGGACCACAUGGUCAAUUUCCAUCGACGCACGCUCACGAUUCGUGAUGCAACUGGCGCCUAGGUCCCGUGUACUAUUCCUCCUCCUCGCUCUUCCAUUCGGUGCCAAGUCGUGAGUGCCAAAUCUUUUCGAGACACAUGCCGUUCCGAGCAUGUCGAAGAGAUUGGCAUCGCUUUUCUUCGAACCAUCCCGACGACCGAUUCAUCGUCCACGAAUGUGUCUUCCGACCCCCGUGUAACCCGGUUGUUAGACGAGUUCUCGAAUGUUUUUGAGACACCCUCCGGUAUAGUGUCGGACCGGCCAAUCUCUCACGAGAUCAUACUUGAGGCCGGCGCCGUGCCACCGAAG